UGAGACUGCGCAGAGCAGCGAGGUCCACCGCCUGGUUUCUGUGUUUCCACUGUUAUUGAAAGCGAACGGAUAGCAAACUAAGAUGUUCGUUGUUUUAUAAUGGAAAACAGACUGAACGCCUGCUGAAAAAUCAGCCUAAGAGGAGGAGGAGAAAGGCGAGAGGAAGAACAGCAGAGGAAAAGGAGAGACAGAGGAGAAAAGGAGGGGGACCCAGGAGAAAAAAAUCGGGACAGUAUAAUGGUGCAGAAUUGACCGAAAGAUGUCCAGCAUUAACAUGGAAGCAACCACCAUCCUCGCCAUCCUUAAGAAGAAGCUGGCCUUUCUGUCAGGAGGCAAAGACAGACGCAGUGGUCUGAUCCUGACUAUCCCUCUCAGCUCGGAUCAGACCAGCAUGGAGGAGCUCAGCGCCACAUUGGACUACCUGCUCAGUAUUCCCAGUGAGAAGUGUAAGGCUCGGGGCUUCACCGUUAUCGUGGACGGACGUAAGUCUCAGUGGAACAUUGUGAAGACUGUGGUGCUCAUGCUGCAGAAUGUGAUUCCAGCCGAGGUGUCACUGGUUUGUGUGGUGAAGCCAGAUGAAUUCUGGGAUAAGAAGGUCACACACUUUUGCUUCUGGAAGGAGAAAGACCGUCUGGGCUUUGAGGUGAUCCUGGUUUCGGCCAAUAAGUUGACUCGUUAUAUUGAACCCUGUCAGCUGACAGAUGAUUUUGGAGGAAGCCUGGACUACGACCACAACGACUGGCUCAACAAGAGACUGGUUUUUGAGAAGUUCACCAAAGAGUCAACAUCACUGCUGGAUGAGCUCUCGAUUAUCAAUGAAAGUGACAAGAGCAGCUCAGUGGACAAGGACAAAUCAGCUGACUGUGUCCUCUUGCCAUCUUUUGACCCUGAGACUGUCCUUCAGACUGGUCACGAGCUGCUGUCGGAGCUGCAGCAGCGUCGCUUUAACGGCUCAGAGGGAGGAGGAGGAGGAGGGCAGGGAGGUCCAGCUUGGUGUCCCAUGGAGGAGGAGCUGCUGGCUCAGCCUCAGGUGAUGAAGCUCCUGGACUCGCUCAGAGAGCAGUACACCAGAUACCAGGAGCUGUGCAGGCAGCGAAAUAAACGCACGCAGCUAGACGAGAUCCACGCCAAGGUCAUGCAGGUGGUCACCUGGCUUCAGGGUCCAGGAUCAGAGCUGUUGAAGACCCAACACGAGAUCGGAGACUCAAUGCGAGCUGCUCAGGCCCUGCAGCAGAAACACGAGGAGAUUGAGAGCCAGCACAGUGAGUGGUUUGCAGUGUACGUGGAGCUGAACCAGCAGAUUGCUGCUCUGCUCAGUGCCGGGGAGGAGGAGGAAGUAGUGGAGCUGAAGGCGCUGCAGCAGCAGCUGAGUGACGUCUGCUACAGGCAGGCGGCUCAGCUGGAGGGCCGACAGAACAUCCUUCAGGCAGCGCACAGCUUCCACAGCACCACACAGGAGUUGUCCCAGCAGUUGGACGGUCUACUGGGCAUGCUCUGUGCUGACGUGGCUCCAGCUGAUGGCGCUUCAAUUCAACAAAACCUCAAACUGUUGGAGGAGAAGCUGCAGGCUGUUGAGGCAGGUCUGGCUUCUCUGCGUCAGAAGGGGGGGCUGUUGCUUGAGCAGAUGUGCAGCCAGCCGUCAUGGUCUCUGGAGGAAACCGAGAGUCCAGCCGGAGAACAGCAGGACAAUGUUCAGCACAUCCAGGGUGUGAUGGAGGAGAUGCAGCUCCGCAAGCAGAGGUGUGAGGACAUGGUGGAUGUGAGGAGGCUGAAGAUGCUGCAGAUGGUUCAGUUGUUCAAAUGUGAAGAAGACGCUUUACAGGCAGUAGAGUGGCUUGGUGAGUUGUUGGACGCCCUGUUGAAGACUCAUGUCAGACUGGGCGACGAUGCUCAGGAGACCAGGAACAUGUUGGACAAACACAGGAAGUUUGUGGACGUUGCUCAGAGCACCUAUGAUUACGGCCGUCAGCUGCUGCAGGCGACCGUCGUCCUCUGUCAGUCUCUGCGCUGUACAACGCGCUCGUCUGGAGACACUCUGCCACGACUCAACCGAGUCUGGAAACAGUUUACCGUCAGCACUGAGGAGCGACAACAGCGACUGGAGCUGGCUCUGAGCUUCCACACCGCCGCUGAAAAGGUGUUACAACAGGAAUGCGUGGAUGUAGAGUCUCUGGAUGAUGUUGACUCUUCGGGGAAAACUCUGCUGGACAGACUGACCAUGCCUGUUAUCUUCCCUGAUGGGAGUGAGCAGUACUUUGGGAGUCCGAGUGAAACAGCAUCAGCAGCUGAGGGUAUCAGAGAGCGCCUCCUGCUAGUGGAGGAGCGACGGCUGCAACUGCAGGAGGCGAGGCUUCAUAAUGAGGAUGAGGAGGAAGUGAUAAAUGGGCAGGAGGCACGACUGGACGUGAUUGGAGAGGAACUGAGCGAGAAAGAGGAGCAAGAUGAGGAGGACGAAGAGGAAGCGGAGCAACAGGAUGAAGACUUAGAGAGGGCUACACAGGACUGCUAAUGGAUCGCUGACGUUAAACCGAGCAGCCUUAAUGAAGUUCGUCAACGAAGGGCUGCUGAUUUAUUUUCACCGAAACCACUGAUUUGUUCUCCCCGAAGCAGGAAAGCCAUCGGCUGGUUGCUUUUCCCUCAGUGCAGCAGUACUGAUACUGAUGGUGUUUCUUUAUAUUAAGACCACAUUUCCCAUCAGCCUCACUGCUUACCCUUCUUGAAAGAGGAUGUUGAUGUGAUUGAUGUGAUAUGAUGAUCUCUCACUCAGUUCAGCAGAAGCUGUGAGAACUUUACCAUCGCUCGCUUUGGAAGAACAGCAUCCUCUAACUGUUUUUUUUGUGCCGUGCAAUUCCACAAAUUUCCUUCCGAAAGUGACCCACAAAUGUAAAAUACUGGAGUUAUUUGCUAGAAUUAUUGACAUUCAUGUCUCUGAAUGCUCCGAUGACGAUCAACUGUAAAAUAAUCAGUUUGGAUAAGAAUACUCCUAAUGUACGCCUAACGCCAUCUCCGCCUUCCCAGCAUGCCAUUCGUUCAUCCAAGCGGGUGAAGCUUCCAUGGUGCUAACACGGUUACCAAGGUUUGUGUCUGUGCCUCCUCUGACUUCCCACUAGAUGUUAAUCUUAAUUCAUUAUUAUUUGUCUGUUUGUAUUUGUCUGCUGAGUCAUUGGCAGCUCUCGCACACUCAGCGCAGUGUUUGUCCUUCUUUAUACUAAAGAGGGGGUCUAGUCUCUUUUACGUGGGUCCAAAUGUGCAGAUGGCAAAUGACCGGAGUCAGAACUGUCAGAACUCGCAGCAGUGAGUGGUGCUGUGGCCUCAGCACCCUGAUCCUUACUCUGUGAUUUGAAUAGCGUGUGCAGUGCGCAGGUCACAGAUGGGGCCAACAGAUGGGGCGAACAGCGAUGUAACAUUUUAGUGCCUGCUCGCACUGAUAUUGCACCAGUCAAAUUGCAAUAUUAACACUGGUGGUUGGUACCAAAAAUUCAUGCCCACUAGACAAUGUCAAAUAAAAAGGACACUAACACAUGAGAAAAGAAUAUAAAAUUUAAAUUUUGCACAAAAUAUAAUAAUUUGUGCUCUUGAUUAAACAUUUUUUUACAGGAUGAUGAACUGUUGCUGCCAUGGUAAAAAGUUUGAUGAUACUGCAGAUGUCAUCCAGUCCAUAAAAACUGGAUUGCACAAAGGGGCAAGAUUUGUAAUAUGAUACAAGAGUGCAAAUUAUGUAACACAAAUAGAUUUUGCAUCCAAAUUAUAACUUUUUUGACACCUCCUGGGCUCCUAAUUUUGGCAACUAUAGAUUUGACCAAAUAAAGGGAAAAGUAUGAAGGAGAGAGCAGUUCAGUGUCCAUACUGACAGCAGUGAGACUGGUGGUCAUUUGCCAACAUGAUGACAUGAGAACAGGACAGAUUCUUUUUGUAUUUAUUUGACUGUUUUCAAGCAAACCUUGGUGUAAUUUGUUGGUGUUCUUGACCAAUAACUGCUGCUGUAAGUGUAACGGGCAAAUACUGCGUCUUGCUCUUGUCCUCCCUGUUCAAUGACAUUCAGUAUACAGUGACAUCAGUAUGACAUCAACCUCUCAAUAAAGAAGCCUUUUCAACAA